AUGCGGAAACUUGCGGGCGGUCGCGAAUUAGCCGGCUUCGUCAUGUUGAGCGUACCGCGGGCAUGCAAAUUGGGAAAACUACAGGCCAGUGCUGCGCAGGAUCCUACACCCUCUCCUUCUGACCGUAACAUUGCUAUGGCGCGCUUUGGCAAUGCGCGCGACCUCGGCCAGCUCUGGCUGCGGGGGACGCGUCGCAGGCUGCAUUCAACCGCCAGCACUUGUCCGCGGUCCAGCGCCUCUACCUACUCGCUUCGCUACGGGCCCCCUGUCCUCCUCGCGACCCUCGGCGCCGGCUACUACGCCUCGUCCCGGCCCAUACAGCUCGAUGCGCCGUCGGCGUGGUCGUCGUGGAGCCCCGCUGUAUCUCGCUCGCAGAAGCGCAGCAGCUCGAGCGCCGCACAGAAAGCCGAGCGGGAGAAGAGCGGGCCGGAUCAAGACAGACCCGGCGAGCAGGACGCCCCAUCGCAGACACGAAUCGCGCAGGGCUACAGCGGAGAGGAGGACAAGGCGGGAGGCGUCAAAUCAGCCUGGCAGACCAUCUCGAGCAGCCUCGCGAGCCCCACCACGUCCGUCACAUACAUUGGCGACUCCAUCCUCGACUAUGUCAUCCCCCACUGGGCCAAAGUCCUGCCUGGCUUCAUCAAGAAGCUGCAGAACGAGCUGUCCAUGGCCCCGGGUUCGUUGGCAGAGGAGAUCUGGUACGAGGCAAACGACCCCGAGACGAACCCCGAGAUCACCUGGGACGCCUCGGUGCGCGUCUCAGACCAGCUCUGCGACGAGGAGCUGUCGUUCCGCGAGAAGAGGUCGCUGUUCACAAAGGCUGCCCUCGCCCGUUAUCUCGACAUCCCAGAGGCCACCAUCCACCCCGACGACGUCCCUGUCAUAGCCAUGUGCGGCUCUGGCGGAGGUCUGCGCGCUCUUGUCGCGGGCACCGCUUCCUAUCUCUCAGCCAAGGAGCAUGGCCUCUUCGACUGCGUCACCUACACGGCGGGCGUCAGUGGAAGCUGCUGGCUUCAAACGCUCUACUACUCCGACAUCACCCAGCGCAGCCAUGCGAAACUCAUCCGCCACCUGAAGAAUCGACUCGGCGUGCACAUCGCGUUCCCUCCAGACGCCCUCGAGCUCCUUGUCAGUGCGCCGACGAACAAAUAUCUUCUGAGCGGACUUGUAGAGAAGGCCAAGGGCGUGCCUGACGCCGACUUUGGCAUCGUCGACAUCUACGGCGCGCUGCUUGCCGCACGCUUGCUGGUACCAAAGGGCGAGCUGUCCGUUAGCGCGUACGACUUCAAGGUGUCCAACCAGCGACGCUUUACCGACGAUGGAUCGCAGCCUCUGCCCAUCUACACCGCCGUGCGCCACGAGAUACCGCUCGCUGAGCAAAUGGAUACGAAAGAUCCCAUCGCUGCCGAGGCCAAAGCGAGGAGGGAGGCGUGGUUCCAGUGGUUCGAGUUCACCCCAUACGAGAUGUGGUGCGAGGAACUGUCGGCCGGUAUUCCAACCUGGGCCAUGGGCCGCAAGUUCGAAAACGGACGCACUGUGUGGCGCGACAACGGCCUGGCCCUGCCAGAAGUGCGUGUGCCAAUGCUCAUGGGCAUCUGGGGCUCUGCUUUCUGUGCCACGCUUUCACACUACUACAGGGAGGUGGGCCCUUUUCUGCGCGGACUCGCAGGCUUCGCUGCCAUCGAUGCCAUGAUCUCCGAGCGCGACGAAGACCUUGUCAAAGUCCACCCCAUCGACCCCGCCUCGAUACCCAACUACGCCCUGGGCAUGCGCGAACUACUCCCACCCUCUUGUCCCGAGAGCAUCUUCACGCACAACAACUUCCAGUUCAUGGACGCCGGCAUGUCCAACAACCUCCCCAUCUACCCUCUCCUCCGCCCUGGCCGCGACGUUGACGUCCUCAUCGCAUUCGAUGCCAGCGCCGACGUCCGCACCGACAACUGGCUCAAAGUAGCCGACGGCUACGCACGGCAGCGCGGCAUCAAAGGCUGGCCCGUGGGCGCCGGCUGGCCCCCAUCCGACGAAACUGAGGAACAAAUCCAAAACGACCUAGACGAAGCGCAAGCCAACACAGAAGCGCAAGCGAACGCCAAGAUCAACGAAGCCAAAGCCCAAGACGCCUCCAACAAAAAGCAGCACAAAGACCUAAGCUUCUGCAACAUCUGGGUCGGCUCCACCGAAGAACGCUUCUCCAAAGAAGAACCCCCAGCGUCGAAACAAGUCGAAGCCGACUGGGAACUCAUGCACGAACACUCGGGCAUCACCGUCGUCUACUUCCCCUUCCUCGCCAACCCAAAGUGCCCCGGCGUCGACCCCCGCUCCAGCGACUUCAUGAGCACCUGGAACUUUGUCUACACUCCCGAGCAGAUCGAUAGCGUGGUGCAGCUUGCCCGCACCAACUACGAUGAGGGUGCCGAAAGGACGAAGCGCACUAUUAGGGCUGUCUAUGAGCGCAAGAAGAAGUUGAGGGAGGAGGCGGAGAAGAGGGAGAAGGAGAGGCGGUGGAGGUGGAGACUUAGUCAAGGGAGGGUUGCGGGGCAUCGCAUGGGGGAGAGUGAUCAUGGGGAUCAUUUUACUUAG